AUGAAGGAAGAAGAAGAACAAGGAGAGUACAGCAGCAACUCACGAUCUUCUUCUUCUUCUUCACCAACAAUAAUAUUACGUGGUGAAAUCCUGUAUGAGAUACUAACUUUUGUGGCUCUCGAUGAUCUUCUCCGGCGAUGUAGAUGGGUUUCCAGAGAUUGGAAUGCUCUCACAUAUGAUUCCUCAUUCAGAUGCCUCCAUUAUCAGAGAACACCAUCAGCUUCUGGUUACUUCAUUCAGUAUCAUAUGAAGAAUAGAUUCCACACCAGCUUUGUCCGCUCUAUUAAUGCAUCCUCUCCAUCGUCGUCAUCAUCAUCAUCAUCAUCAUCAUCAUCGAUCUCUCUCGAUUUUAUGCCAGAGAUAGACCUUUGGAUUAGCACCUCUUCUUAUCACGCACAAGGUCUGAUUUGCUGCACGAGUACUUUGGACAUCAUGCGCACAAAGAGGUACUAUGUGUGCAAGCCUGCAACGCGGCAAUGGACAGAAAUUCCAAAACCUACGAAUGGUUAUGAUUAUGACUCAGAGAGAAUGGGGUUAGUGGUAGUGAAAUCAAAUCCAUUGCAUUACAAGAUUGUUCGAUUCACACCCAGUGACUAUAGGGGUGAUUUUCAGUAUUGUGAGAUAUUUGAUUCCAUGAACUGGGCAUGGAGGACACAUUCGGAAUUUAAGUGGUUGCCUUAUACUGUUCACUUUGAUUUGAAACCGGAAGUUUAUAUGCAUGGUUCUUUACACUGGUUAACUUCUUUUGGUAAAGAAAUACAAAUAUUUGCUUUCGAUCUUUAUAAAGAGAAUUGGAGGUUUAUCAUGUUGCCUCCUCAAUCAGAAGAGGAGGAAGUAGAAGCUAUAAAUUGGUAUGGAAUUGACAAAACUUUAGUAAAUUGUGAUGGGCAUCUUGGGGUGAUAUACACUCAUAAGCUUAAUCGGAUGGAUGAAGUUUGGUCAUGGAUUGAGCUUUGGGUGAUGGAGGAUUACUUGAAAGCAGAGAAAUGGAAAAAGAAAUACAGGUUGAGCUUGAAACAACCAGAAGGGAAUGUGAGUAGACAUGGGUAUUCUAUAUUGGGAAUGGACACAUUAAUGGAUAGUAUUUUGGUGACGAAUUUUGACAAGUUCAUUUGGUACAAUUGCAGCACUGGAGUUCCAACCAAAGUGAUGAACCUUGGAAAUCCAAUGGAAAGUAUUUGUUUAGAGUUUAGUAUUCAUCCAUUUAUUUCCGAUUAUGUACCUUGUAAUCUAGGGCCAAAAGAGAAUCCAAAAGAAUAA